UCCCAAUCCCUGGAUUUUGGUUUUUUGAGAGCAGAGAGAGUGAGAUCGGUGUGCGAUUUGAGGGAGCAAUGGAAAGAGGAAGAGGCGGCGGUUACGAUGGCCGUAACGGCGGUUACGGUGGCAGAGGGAACAACGGAGGAAGAGGCGGAGGAGAGAGAGGGAGAGGCAGUUAUGGUAACAGAGGAGGGAGAGUUGGCGGUUAUGCUGACGUGGUUUACGGCGGUGGGAAUGGCGGUCGAGGAGGAGGAGGCGGUUAUGGCGGCGGCGGUGGUUACAACCGUCAACAACCGCCGCAGCAAGAUCAGCAGUGGAAUAAUCAGAAUCGCGGCCAGGCUGGGAGGUCUGAUCAGCAAACUUGGAGGUCUUCGGUCUCUUCUCAACCGCAGGAUCAGCAGCCUUGGAGGUCUUCUGGUCAACCGCCACAGGAGCAGCAGUGGAGUCAGAAUCGAGGCCAGCCUCGGAGGACUACUCCGGCACCGGCACCGUCUUCUUCUUCAUCUCCUUCUCCAACCAAGAACAGUCUUGCUGACGACGCUGUUGUUUCUGGAGUGCAAUCACUGAAAAUUUCAAAGCAGACAUCUCCGUUGAACAGUGCAGACAAACUUCUACCUGUGAGACGACCUGAUCAGGGAGGCACAAAGGCUGUCCAAACUGUUAGGCUUCGUGCUAAUCACUUCAAUGUCUCGUACAAUCCUCAGAGUACUAUAAUGCACUAUGAUGUUAAUGUCAAACCAGUGAAUGCUACAAGGAAUGGCAGACCAGUUAGAAUUAUGAAGUCUGAUCUUGCUGCAAUCAGAAACAAGUUGUCCUCUGAUAAUCCUUCAAAAUUUCCAUUAUUGAUGACUGCAUAUGAUGGUGAGAAGAAUAUCUUUAGUGCUGUGACAUUACCCACUGGAGAGUUUAAGGUGGAGGUUCCUGAGGAAGAAGGCACACGCAUAAGUUCGUAUAUAGUCACUAUAAAACUUGUAAAUGAGCUCAAGCUUUGCAAGUUGAAGGAGUACUUAAGUGGUCAGCUGUUGUCUAUCCCUCGUGAUAUAUUGCAGGGAAUGGAUUUAGUGAUGAAGGAGAAUCCUACUCGGCGGUUGAUUCCUGUUGGCCGCAGCUUUUACCCUGCCGAAUUUAAUCCAGACGAUGACCUUGGACAGGGUACUGCUGCAUUUAGAGGGUUUCAGCAUAGUUUAAGGCUCACUUCCCAGGGUCCUGCUAUGUGUCUGGACUACUCAGUCUUGGCAUUUCAUAAGCGCAUGCCAGUUAUAGAUUUUCUCCAUGAAAACAUAAGGAAUUUUACUUUAAAUAAUUUCAGGAGGUUUAGGAGAGAUGUUGAGAAUGUUUUAAGGGGAUUGAAAGUUACUGUGACUCAUCGUCCAACCAAGCAGAAGUAUGUUAUCAAGGGGCUAACUGAUAGGAAUGCAGGGGACAUUACAUUUGAAGCUGUUGAUGUUGAUGGCCAGGUUCCACCUAGAAGGCUUAGACUUGUUGAUUAUUUCAGAGACAAAUACAAGGAUAUCAAGUACAAAGACAUUCCCUGCUUAGAUUUGGGGAAAAAUGGUAGGAGGAAUGAUACACCGUUGGAAUUUUGUGUCUUAGUUGAAGGGCAAAGAUACCCUAAGGAGCAGUUGGGCAGAGAUGCAGCCAUUAUGUUGAAGAACUUGUCAUUGGUUGCACCAGGGGUUAGAGAGAACAACAUACGCAACAUGGUACGGUCGGGAGAUGGACCUUGUGGUGGCGGCAUUAUCCAGAACUUUGGAAUUGAAGUCAACAUGAAUAUGACACAAGUAACAGGGCGUAUCAUUGGCCCACCUGAGUUGAAGCUGGGGGAUUUUGGUGGCAAGGUGACUAAAGUAAAAGUUGACAAUGAGAAAUGUCACUGGAAUCUAGUUGGCAAGUCAUUAGUGGAAGGAAAACCAAUAGCUCGCUGGGCUGUGCUUGACUUUAGCUGUGAAGAUCGGGACAGACUGGACCCUUAUCAAUUCAUCCCAAAGCUCAUCACUCGGUGCAACAAAUUGGGAAUGAGAAUGGAAGAGCCUCGCUUGUAUGAAACCUCUUCCAUGAGACCAUUUUCUAGCGUCAACUUGCUUCGGGAACUGCUUGAAACUGUUAAUGGGAAGGUACUUCAAGAAGGCAAGGGCCACUUACAACUACUUGUUUGUGUAAUGUCUAGAAAAGACCCUGGUUACAAGUAUCUGAAGUGGAUCUGUGAGACUCAAAUUGGUAUAGUGACGCAGUGCUGCUUGUCAAAGAUGGCCACCAGGCCCAGUGACCAGUUUCUUGCAAAUCUUGCACUGAAGAUCAAUGCGAAGCUUGGAGGCAGUAAUGUAGAGCUGAUUGACCGGCUCCCGCUCUUUGAGGGUGCUGGCCCUGUUAUGUUUGUGGGGGCUGACGUUAAUCAUCCUGCGGCUCGGAACACAACAAGUCCAUCAAUAGCAGCUGUGGUUGCCACUAUAAACUGGCCUGCUGUGAAUCGUUAUGCUGCACGAGUCCGACCCCAGUACCAUCGUACUGAGAGCAUAUCGAAUUUUGGAGACAUGGUUUUGGAGCUUGUUGAAUCGUAUUUUAGAAUAAAUAAAGUGAAGCCGGAAAAAAUUGUUGUUUUCCGAGAUGGUGUAAGUGAGGGGCAAUUUGAUAUGGUUCUCAAUGAAGAGUUACUAGAUCUGAAGAGGGCUUUGGGAACUAUAAACUACUUUCCAACCAUCACUCUGAUUGUUGCUCAAAAGCGGCAUCAUACUCGGCUGUUUCAGGAGAAUGGACGUUCCAAUGUAUCUCCAGGAACUGUUGUGGACACAAGGAUUGUGCACCCAUUUGAGUUUGACUUCUAUCUCUGCAGUCACUAUGGAAGCCUUGGGACAAGCAAGCCGACACACUACUAUGUUCUUUGGGAUGAGCACAGUUUUACUUCCGACCAGUUGCAGAAGCUCAUAUAUGACUUGUGCUUUACCUUUGCAAGGUGCACGAAACCUGUCUCUUUGGUUCCGCCAGUGUACUAUGCUGACCUUGUGGCCUACAGAGGGAGAUUGUACCAUGAGACUAUGACCACGGGACUGUCUCCAGGUUCCGUAACAUCCUCCUCCUCCUCGGCAUCAUCAUCAUCGGCACCUUCAACACUGUCAGUGGGUUCUCUGGAUGACAGGUUUUAUAGAUUGCAUGUUGACCUGGAAAACAUUAUGUUUUUCAUAUAGAGUUCAACUCUCUCUGUUAUGGGAAACCCGUACGCAAUUCCAACCUCCUAUGAAGGGGUUUGUGCGUGAAUCUAAUGGGUUCUUGUGUGUGUCAAAAGGUUAUGUUGCCAUGUGUUCUUACUGCUAUUCACUUCAAGCUGUUUUCUGGGGUUGAAGAGUUUGUUUUGACUUGAUAAGUUUUGGUUUUAAGGGUCUAGCAAGUAUUCUUUGCAAAUGUUUUGUUUCUUUUGGUCAAUGAAUGACAAUGUUGGUUGAUGUGUUUUGAAUUGGAA